UUUUAAGAUGCGUUGGCCACUCAGAUGCCAAUGAAACCAACUGGAAGCCAAAUAUUUUGUAUUUCUCUCAGUAGUUUCUGAGUUAAUGUCAUUUCCAAUUGCAAUUCUAGAGUUUAACUUGCAGAUUUGAGGUUUAGUUCUGCUAUUAAUGCAAGCAUUUGGGGAGCUGGAGUAGCGCCUCCAGGUCUGUGGCUAGACAAGUGGUCAGAACAGAAAGUUCUUGCAUAAACAUGCUUAAGACUGUAUGUUUAACACUCUAAAAUAGCUUUGAGAUGAGCCAGGCUUCGCAGGGUGUCAGAACCAAGACCAGACCCCUGGGCUCAAUCCGGAUCUAGGUGACAUAUGUGUGUGUAUUACCGUCUCUGGUGACUGUGCAUUUACAGGUGGUUUUACUUCACCUUAGGCUGUGCCUGAUGCCAGGAAUACUCUGUGUGAUGAUACGAGAAUUUCAUAGACAGUGGAAUACUGAAACAUAUGAAACAGUACAUUUAGAGCCAUAAUUUCACAAGAAAUUUGAACUUGUGAUGCUAAAAUUUUAUAUAAAAAAGGAAAGCAAGCCAGCAAGUUGUGGUGCACUGCAAGGAUGGAGGGAGGGGAAGUGUUUGACCAGUAUCUGGUAGUUCUGUUUAAGCUAGUUGUAAAACCAUGGAGUUUAACUGUGCAAAAAUCUUGUACCAGUUUUGAGAUGGGAUGUGGUUUUUGCUGCAUUUGUGGAUUUCUUGUUGUUUGUUUUUUUCCUGUUUUGGUCCUUUGCAGUCUUUAAGUAUGCAGUUUGUUACCUCAAACUACUUAGGAUAGUCAUGAAUGUGCAGUUGCCACCCUACCAAAAUACUUCAUAAAGAACAGGAUCAUAAGAGCUGUGUAUCACUGCAAACAUUAAGUGAAGUGCUUCAUCCAUUCUGAGCUCUGUAAGAUGGAUUCGUAAUACUCAGGCUCUACUGUUCUCUCACUUCAUCUUGUUAGGAAUUGAGAAUGGGCACCUUAUUCUUACAAGUUGGUGUAUCAUCUGUAUUGAUUUAAGCAGUGUCCUUAAUUCUGACUCUUGUAUAUCUGCAGGGGACCACAGUAUGAAUGAAACUCACCCUAGAGAUACACUAAGAGCUGUUGGAAACACUAUCUGGCUAACCCAAGUCAGGCUACAAAUAAUUUUCUCUGGGAUUGCUGAGCAAGAAAGGACUGAAACAUGAACAGUGUGGAGUGAGACGGGAAGAAGCCUGCUGUGAGGAGACCUGAAUUACUUCUACUUCUUUUAGAUGGGGGUUAAGGAUUUCCACCUCCCUAAUUUUCAGUCUCUUCUCUCUCACUUACUAGGCGAUGUUGAAGAGGUUACUGAGCGGGUGAUGGAGAAUUCAAAUAUGCGCCUGUGCUGAAAGAGUGGAAGCAAUGGAUCAGACUGUAGCCCGGCAAAACAAAGUGCUGUAUUUACUACAUUUCUAAAAGUAAGGUGCUUCUGAUUUGACAGCAGAUGCUGCAGGGAUGUAGAGCUUAAGGAAUUUUUAUGUUUUGCCAAAAUAUGAGGGGAACUCAGAGAGGACAUCAGAACUGGGAUGCCACUGUUUUCUUUCUUCAGUAAUGCCUUGCUUCACAUGCAUCCUUUGUAUGAUAUGCUGUUUCUAAACAGUAAAAACACUAAAAAUAAAAAGUCAGCAAGGUGGAUUGGCUGAUCAGGUGCAUUUAUCUUUGGAAGAGAUGGUCCUGGUCAUUAAGCUUCUGUUCUUCACCUGCCUGUGGCCGACAGCAGUGCUACACAGCUCUCAAAGUCAACAUCACCAUCUUCACCAUCGGCAACAAUUCUCAUUCUUAAGAAAGCAUAACAGCAAACGAGAUAUUAAAAUGAGGAAACUUGACAGCACCAAAGUCCGGCCACUUAAAUCUGAGCAGCUUCUUCGCAUAGAGGACCAUGACUUUGCACUGAGACCUGGAUUUGGAGGGUCGCCAAUACCUGUGGGCAUUGAUGUGCAGGUAGAAAGCAUUGACAGCAUAUCUGAAGUUGACAUGGACUUCACAAUGACUUUAUAUCUCAGACAUUACUGGAAGGAUGAGAGACUUUCAUUUCGUAGUACCAAAAACAAAAGUAUGACUUUUGAUGGAAGACUGAUAAAAAAGAUCUGGGUACCUGAUGUGUUUUUUGUACACUCCAAAAGAUCUUUCAUCCAUGAUACAACUGUGGAAAAUGUCAUGCUCCGAGUGUACCCUGAUGGCAAUGUACUCUUCAGUCUACGAAUAACAGUUUCUGCUAUGUGUUUCAUGGAUUUCAGUAGGUUUCCUCUGGAUACCCAGAACUGUUCUUUAGAACUGGAAAGCUAUGCAUACAACGAAGAUGAUCUGAUGUUAUACUGGAAACAUGGAAACGAGUCCUUGAGCACAGAUGAGCACAUCUCCCUCUCCCAGUUUUUCAUCGAAGAAUUCAGUGCUUCCAGUGGACUUGCAUUUUACAGCAGUACUGGCUGGUACAAUCGUCUUUUCAUAAACUUUGCACUCCGGAGACAUAUUUUCUUUUUUGUGCUACAAUCCUAUUUCCCAGCCAUGCUGAUGGUGAUGCUGUCUUGGGUUUCUUUUUGGAUUGACAGAAGAGCCGUUCCUGCCAGGGUAUCACUAGGCAUAACUACGGUGCUGACAAUGUCAACCAUCAUCACAGGAGUAAGUGCCUCAAUGCCUCAAGUGUCUUACAUAAAGGCUGUGGAUGUGUAUUUAUGGAUCAGCUUCCUUUUUGUCUUCCUGUCUGUUAUCGAAUAUGCAGCAGUGAACUAUCUCACCACAAUUGAAGAGAGAAAGCAACUCAAGAAAAGGGGCAAGGCCUCAGGAAUGUAUAAUAUUGAUGCAGUGCAGGCAAUGGCUUUUGACGGCUGCUACCAUGACCCUGAUGUUGAGAUGGACCUGCCCGCUUUCGCUGACCGCUGUGAAGAGAAUGAAACCCGAGCACGAGCAAUCAGUGUCUCCAACGUGGGUACAACACGCAUCAAGAGGAAGAGAUCUUUUAAGGGAAACGUGGGCAGGAUUAUUCUACAGAACAAUCACGUCAUUGACACAUAUUCCAGGAUUAUAUUUCCCAGCGUGUAUAUUGUGUUCAACUUUUUUUACUGGGGUUUGUACAUAUGAACAAAAAUCAUUAUAAGCUAGAUUUUAUCUUGGGUAUGUGGAUAAUGCAACGGCAGUAGAGGAAAGGGUUAAAAGCUUCUGAAACUGGCUUCUGCAUCAAUCCAAGGCUGGUUUGGUUAACAGCAAAACUGCUGAUGGAAAAACUCUCAUGGUCUGAUUUUUCAGCUGGACUGCUCAUAAUUGAUCAUCCAAUGUGUGUGCUACUGCUGCAGUAUCACCGAAUGAGCUCGCUCACUAAGGGAGCCUUUUAUCACACAGCUAAACAGAUAGCAGCUCCUGGCCAAUGUAUUAUCCAGUGUCCAUCUAUGCUCCAACCAUUCCUCUUUAAUCAGCCCUUCUGUUUGUUCACCACUUGUUAUCCAGUCGUUUUGCAGUCAGUACCAAUCACCUUCAAAUGGCCCUUACCCCAGUUUCACUUACUGCAUUUCUGUUUUGUUAGACAACCUGUAUGCACCUCAGGAGCCUUUGCUCUUUGAUGGUAAGGAAAUGGGGAAAGUUACUGUGACUUAGCAGUGGGUUAGACAUCAGCAGAAAAGCAGGAAGAGUUGAAGAGGCUUUGUACACUGUGCAUAAUCAAUGCCUCAAGAAAAAUCUUCUUCCUGUCAGCUGUCCCUGUCAAUGUGUGUCCCCUGUCAGCUUUCCACUAGACUACUGGGAAGGACCUCUAUUUUGGAGAAAUCUUGCUCACCAGUCCCCAGGAUAGCACAGGAAUAAUGACCCAAACCAAUGCACUUGGGGUCUUACAGCCACCUCCCAGUGAGUAAAUAGCAUCACCUACACAAGGUGUACCCUUCAUGUGACACCCCCACAUCCAUGCCUCACGUGCACCUAUGCUAAUCACCUGCUUUCUGCCUAACUGCUCAUUUCAGAAACCCAGCUUUGAGAAAGGUAUUUUAGAAUACUUUAUCAAGAGAGCAAACAAACCUGUUUCUUCUGACAAAACUUGGGAUUUUGUCCCACCCUUGGCUUCUGAGAUUGAAAGUUACAGGGAAGAGAAGCCAUUCAUGCCUGCAUGCGAUGCUGGUCCCCGUCACGGGCCAGGUUACUACACUGAGACCUGAGAUACACGGGAAAUAAAAAGAAUCAGCUGUGCCAAAACAGAGCCACAUACAGGAAUCCUACUGGUCCCAGAUGAAUCCUGCAUGGAAAUAAAUACCCUUACUGGGUAAGGGUACUGGCUAAGAAAGUAACACUUCUGGCUAAGAAAGUUGAAAUAAGGAUGUUCAGGUACACAACAAAAGUGUUCACAACUCCAGAAAAGAAUCAAGAAUACUUUUUGUGACUUCUCAGAGUAAGAAGCAUUUUUCACUUAAAUUUCCUGGUUUUAUCUGUCAUUUAAUGAAGUGGGUUUAAAUUUACAAAGUUGGUUCAAGAUGAUAAUUUGUGGUGGCAAAAAAAACAUCAAAAGGUCACUGCUUGGUUAAGAUUAUUAGGAAAUUGGAAUAAAUUUGGAAGUCUGAACCACUCUCUGGUUUAUUUGAUUUUCCUGCUCUAAUAUUGUUUGCUCAUAGUAUGGUAAUGUCUCUUACUGUUUCAAAAAGCUGCAUUUGUCAAGCUCCCAGUUACAGAGCUGGAAAAGCUAGCCACACAUUGCAUCCCGAGUGAUUGAAAUCUGAUGGAAUGAGUGGGUACUUUGGCAGCCAAGUCCCUGCCAAACAAAUGAUCAGAGCUAAGGCGGCUUUGAUACUCUUCCAGGAAAUCCUGUCAUGGAAAGGAGAACCGUACCAGGCAUGACAAUGCUGGGAACGUAAAGUCAAAGGACACACAGGGCUUUGGCAACAGCAACAGCACAGCAGACCUCAAGCUGAGCAGAUGUGUAGUAUAAAUAUAUUAAAAAAUUACCAUGACAUGCUUGUUACUUCACCACUAUUGUGAACGCAUCCCGCACAGAUGCUCCAGAUUUCCUGAGAAGAUCCCAUCUAAUUGCUCCAGAUGUGUGUCCUAAACUUGUACUGUGAGCUAAUGUAACAGCACUGUUUUCCCAUCAUUUCUUUCUCGGCCUUAGAGGAAGAAGUAUUUACCCUGUAGCCAAAAGUGAAUCUUCAGUCUCCAACAGAAAAAAAUACCCCAAAUGAUUCUCGACCCAAGAUAAUUCUGUCUUCUAGAUUACCUAUAGGAUCUGCAACAGCAGGAGCUCUCCAGUCUGGCCUACCCAAGACCAGCAUAGGCUGGCCACCAAACUGUCCCAUACAUGAAAGCAUAUAGGACAAAGGUUUCAUACCUACAUUUACUUUCCCAGAACAUCCUAUACAGGUGCCUGAAAAUAGCUUAGUUUUCUUUGAUAGAAGAAACUGUUAUUUAUUUUGCAACUGUGAAUGUAACCUUUGGAGGUGUUCUCAUCAUGGUAAGCAUAUAUAGCAAUUUCAUGAUAGCAGUGGGGAUUGUUUCUUAUAAUGAUAAUACUGCACAUGUUUUUCAGCAAAGCUUAUAAUUUUUAUCUUCUUGAUGCACUGACAGGGAGGAAACCAGGAUCAAUUAUACUUCACAGAUCCUUACUUGUAAAAUAUAUUUAAUUACAUUAUGUUAUUAACACUAUUAUUUACACUAUUAUUUUUAUUUUGCUUAGAGGGCUUCCUGAGCAUUAUCUGACUAAAAUCCACAUGACCUUGUUGUGAAGUUUGUUUUACCUUCCAUAAGGGGACAGUAAUAAAUACUUUUGGUCAGGUUUUCUGGACAAAUCAGCAUGGAGGUCCUUAAAGAAGUGUUCACAAGUAUUCCCCAUUCCUGUUAUUUGUGGCUGUUUUUGCA